UCAGAUAAUCAUAGCCCUCUCCCUUUCCUCCCUCUCGAGGUGUCUCCUCUCCCUUCUCAGCUCUCUCACACACAAACCCAGCCAAGAAACCUGAGCAGCAGCAGCAGACAGCAGCGGCCCGAUGCGGGGGAUGGGAGGCGGACCGGGGCCCACGGAGCCGCCACCGUCUGCGGCGGAGGAGGUUGUGGAGGAGAACUCUGGCGGGGAGGAGGAAGAGCUCGAGCUGGGGCUCUGCCUCGGGUCCAAGAAGCAGCAGCAGCAGCAAUCACCGGCACCUGCGCCGUGCCGCAUCCUGACGGCCAGGAACCUGCAGCCGGCCGCGGCGCUGUCCCCGGACUCCUCCGUGUCCUCCUCCUCCCCCGCGGCGGCGAGCAGGAGGGCCAAGCCGGAGGAGGGCUCCAACCCCGGCGCGUCUCCCGGGACGGUCGCCUCCGGCCACCCGCAGAGCUUUGGAGUGGUGGGAUGGCCACCAAUAAGAACGUUCAGGAUGAACAGCCUGUUCGGCCAGGCUAAAGACAAUGCCCCGGACGCUGAUACCAAGAAGACUGCAGCCGAUGAAUCCGAGCUGCAGAAAGACAAGGAGGAGAGCGAGAAGAAGGGCAGGACACCCGGAUGGGUGAAGGUGAACAUGGAUGGAGAGGUCAUUGGGAGGAAGGUGGAUCUCAACGCCCAUCGCUCGUACAAGACCCUCGCCUUAGCCCUUGAGAUCAUGUUCAGCAAGCCGUCCGCCGGUCUUUGUGCUCCUAGUAGUACGAAGUCGCCCAGGCUGUUAGACAACUCUUCUGAAUACCAGCUGACAUAUGAAGACAGGGAUGGGGACUGGAUGCUUGUUGGAGAUGUCCCUUGGGAAAUGUUUGUUGGCUCCGUGAAGAGGCUUAGGAUCAUGAGGACAUCGGAUGCCAGUGGUCUUGGACCACGAGUUCAAGCUAUUCACAGAAUUGUAACUCCAACAAGAGGGAGAACAUGAGAGCACCCGGUGAGCUGAUGAAAGAGCUAGAGCCGAGCUUUGAACGCGUUCGACACCACGUUUGUGCAGCCAAUGUCUGUGGCAUAGUCGUGUGAUUAUUUCUACGUAGUUAAGAUAGCAGAAGCUAAUGUCUGCUUCUGGCGACUUCUUCUGAGCUUAAUUCUAUUUUUGCCUCCUGUCCUGGUUACUUCUUCUGAGAUAUGUAAUUUUUUUCCUGCCACUUACACGUCCGUCAGUGCUAGCAUGGUAUUUCUUUGUGUGGCAGAAGAUUGUACCUGUGCUUACUCUGAUAUGUUUAGCUGUGAGAUGAGAAUGCA